AUGGUCGCAGACGCACUCGUCUACCACCCCACGGUGUCGCACUACCUCAAGUUCGUUGCGACGACCAUCGGCCGUGACAAAGUCCUCCGCACCCUCCAAUACUUUUCCCGCUUCCUAGCAUGGUACCUGUACCGCACCAACCGCCCCCUCUCCACCAUCGCGCCCUUCGACGCCACCAAGAAGCAGCUCGGCACAGCGCGCAAGCUGAUGCGCGUCGGCAAAUUCGUCGAGCACUUCAAAGCCGCGGCUGUGGCUUCAGACUCGACCUCGCUCGACCCCGUGAUCAAGGCCACGAGCGUGGGCCGCCAGCUCGGAUAUGCAUUUUACAUGCUUUUCGAUUCCGCGAAUAUUCUUGAUGCCACGGGGAUCAAGAAGAACACACACAGCGUCAAGCUGUUGAGAACUGCGAACCAGGCGUGGCUGAGCGGGAUUUCGUUCUCCAUCCUGCAGUCUUUGUACGCACUCUAUGGAUUGAGGAGUCGCAGUGCUACUGUCGCUGCCAGCAGUGACCCCGAGAAGGUUGUUGAGCAGAAGAAGGUUGCCAAGGAGCUGAACGCGAUCAAGGUCCAGCUUGUCAGCGAUCUUUGCGACAUCACAAUUCCUGCCACAGCACUUGGGUGGGUGCAGUUGGAUGACGGCAUUGUUGGACUUGCGGGUACGACGAGUUCGCUGCUGGGGGUGUGGAGUCAGUGGAAGAAGACUGCGUAA